AUGUCACAGAAUCAUCUCAUAGCUGUUGCUGUUUUGGCCACAGCUUCAACAUGUCUGAUUUUGGCCGGAAUUGUAUUCUACUUCUUUUACAGGUACUCCGUGGCUCGUCGGGAAAGCGAACGGAGAAAAUACCGUUCAAGUUUCAGGCGGGAACCCGUUGGAAUUGGAGGAUCGCAUGAAGGGUUGUUCAUGCAACAACAUGGUGGUGGUGGUGCAAGUGGAGCUGGAACUCUUAGAGGGCUACUUGUUGAGGAGAAUGGAAGGGAAGUACUUUAUUUGAGGAAAGCUGAUAAUAAUGGAAGGUUUACAAGUUGUUUUUCAAAGGUUUGGUUUAAUCCUAUAAUUGAAGCAGAAGAAGAAGAAAAGGAGAUCGAUCAUAGAGCCCUUAACCCAAGUAUUCCUAAUAGUCCUACACAAGAAAUUCCUUUGAUCUCUAAAGCAGAUCAUCAUGAAGUUGAUGAUUCUUACAUUUUAGAGAUAGAUAAACCAAGGAAUUUAAUGCAAACUUCAAGACCUUCAAUUCUUGUUCCUCCUCCUCCACCUCCGGCGGCGCCACCGCCUCCUCCUCCUCCUCCUCCUCCACCUCCACCUCCAAUACGAAACAACUUGAAACCACCAGCACCUCCUCAACCUCCUCCCCUGCCUCUGGUGAAAAGGGCUUCAAAACCACCUGUCCAGCAAAGUCCAUCUAGAACAAAACCUGCAGAAUCAUCAGUAUUACCUCUUCCACAAAAUAAGUUUUCAGCUGGUGGAGGUUUUUAUUCAUCAUUGAAACCACCAGCUCCCCCAAAUAGAGGUAAACAAACAAAUUACAACAUAGUAAAAACCUCGGAUUUCGGAAAUGCAAAUGAUAGAAGAGACAGUACUCAGAUGAAGUUGAAGCCAUUGCAUUGGGAUAAAGUACUUACAAAUGCUGAGCAUUCCAUGGUUUGGCAUGAGAUUGUUGAUGGCUCUUUUAGAAUGGAUGAUAAACUUAUGGAAUCACUCUUUGGAUACACUGCCCAAAACCAGAAAACUCCUGAAGCAAGAAACAUGGCUGCAAGUUCUGCAUUGAAUUCUAGUGCUGCUAAAAUAUUUCUCCUUGAUCCGAGAAAAUCACAAAACACCGCGAUUGUACUUAAAUCUUUGUCGAUAUCCAGGAAAGAUAUUCUGGAUGCUCUCCAAGAAGGAUUUGGACUCAGUACUGAUACUCUUGAGAAAUUGGCAAAGAUUUCGCCAACACCCGAAGAAUCUGUGAAAAUCCUCCAAUUUGAUGGAAAUCCAACUAAACUUGCUGAUGCAGACUCUUUUCUUUACCACAUCCUCAAAGCUGUACCAACUGCAUUCAUGCGUAUCAAUGCAAUGCUGUUCAGGUCAAGUUAUGAUCCUGAUAUCCUUCAACUCAAGGAGUCUCUCCAGACACUGGAAUUGGCAUGUAAAGAACUGAGAAGCCGGGGCGUUUUCUUUAAGCUUUUGGAAGCCAUUCUCAAGGCUGGAAACAGAAUGAAUGCUGGAACUGCAAGGGGAGAUGCUCAGGGCUUCAAUUUAAGCGCCCUGCGAAAACUUUCUUCCGUGAAGAGUACUGAUGGAAAGACUACUCUUCUUCACUUUGUUGUUGAACAAGUAAUCCAAUCAGAAGGCAAACGUUGCUCCAACCUCCAAAGAAGCAAAAAUGGCAGUGGAAGCAACAAUCCUGACCAAGAUUCGGAAGCUGAAAAAGAAUACAUCAUGCUAGGUCUGCCAGUGGUUGGAGGCCUGAGUACAGAAUUUGCAAAUGUAAAGAAAGCAGCUGCAAUAGACUAUGAGAAUUUCAUCAACAUGUGUCCUACUCUAACCAUGAGGGCUAAUGACAUCAGACACAUAGUUUCACAAUGUGGAAGCAGAAGUGAAAGAAGCGGAUUCUCAAAGGAAAUGAAGGGUUUCCUGGAAGAAUGCGACGAAGAACUCAAGGUUGUAACGGAAGAACAAACAAGAGUGAUGCAGCUUGUGAAGAGAACCACACAGUAUUAUCAAGCUGGAGCUGCAAAGGAGAAAGGAACUGAUCCACUUCAGCUGUUUGGCAUUGUCAAGGACUUCUUAAGUAUGGUUGAUCAAGUUUGUAUAGACAUUUCAAAGAAGCUGCAAAAGAAGAGGGUGACCACUGCUAGUACUAGUGAAGGAUCAUCGCCGCCAUCGUCGCCGUUACCAUUGUCUCCAAGAACUCCAGUGAAGUUCCAGAAUUUUUUACAGUCUUAUUUUCAGACAGGUAAACAAGUGACAUCAUCAUCUAGUGAAUCAGAAGAUGAUUUCUGA